CAAGAGUGGUCGCGGUUUUUGAACAGUCUCCUCUGUGAACUGAACUGAAAGUGGUCGCCGUUCCGCGUGCGUGCAGACUUCGUCAAGAUGGUCAAACUGGUUAUGCUAAUCGGCGGUGGAUUGGUUUGGACGGUGCUGAUAUCGGCCGUGCUUGGACACGCACCGUGGAAUCGAACCUUUGGGUCGAGCGAAUCUGGCAAAGAGCAAAUUUGGGAGCAUCGAAAUCGAAAUUUCUCCCAGUACCGUCCGGGAGCGGGGAGUCACCAGAAAGAUCACAAACACCAGCAUGGACCGUGGAGUUGGAAUGAAUACAGACCGCAUCAUCGUCCAUCACCGUUUAAUCUGGAAGAAAACACAACCGUUGUGUGGCCAAACCUUGACCAAGGUUCCGAGACUACAACGUCGAAAUUUGUCCCCCUAAUCAACAUGCGACCAGCUUUGGGCAGUUCAUCGAUAUCUCAAAGUUCUCCAGUUCAAAAUUUAGCAACUGAACAAGCAACCACUCAGCGACCAAUCCUCACCCAGGAAGUGUCCCUUCAAGCGGUAAACGCCACUUCUGGCAGCACUGCCGGAUCGACGACGACAACCCCAAAGCCAUCGAUCCAGCACAAUAGUGACGAUGAUUACGACUGGUCCGCGUUGGGGUUGGAGGCGGAUGAAGCAGUUCAAAACCGGAUGUCUGGGACAAAAUCUACCAUCGAGCGAAAACUGUGCAGAAAAUGUAGGCAAAGGUUUCAAAAAAAAUUCGGAUAAAACUUGGUGCUAUUAAUUUUGGAUAAAACGAUUCU